AUGUGCUCGAAGCUGCUGGGACUUCUGUUGCUGAGGCAGUGCAUAGCGCAAACGGUGGUCAACAGCAGCCUCAUCGAGACGCUGACGCUAUGGACGUUCGAAGCGUCCCCCUACAUCGUGGAGCAAAGCGUCACCGGGAGCAGCUUCCAGUGUGAAGGCGAUGCAGCUUUUCCAGUGGCCCUGACCCGCUAUGACGAUCAGGUCACCUACUGGCAGGGCAUCGAGUUCACCGCUCAGAUCUCAGACACGGCACCAUCGUUCCUGCGGCAUUGCGUGGUGGAGGGGGCGACGGUGGGCGUGCGGAUUGCCAAUCGUGCUCCGCAGUUCCUGCCGGGAACUAUAAUCACGGAUGCCCAGUCACAGGCAGUCUUCGCCUUAGGCCCCAUGGUGACCGCAAUGGUCUUUGACGGAGUGAUUGUCAACAGCAGCAACGGCGUGGAAGUGAGAGACGCCUCAACGGCCAGUAUCAACGUCUCGAACUCCAUCUUCGACUCCGGCUGCCGAGGUGCAGCACGCCUCUACAUGCGCUCCGUGAAGGGCGAGGUGACCGUGACCGGGUCGUUGUUCGAGAAGAGGUUCGCAGGCUGCCAGCCCUUUUUUCAGAACAGUGAAGCCUUCUACCUGGCCGAUGCCUCCCAGACCUCGGGCAGCAACGUGACUGUCGCCGACACCACCUUCAUCGGCAUGGAGACAGGCAUCUCACUAUUCGAACUCCACGGUGACAUGGACUUCCGGGUCUCCAAUUGCUCCAUGCAGUCUAUGAGAAACUAUUUCCGAGCAUGGUCUUCCACAAGCAGGGUGAGAAUUGAGAGCUCCACCUUUCGCCUGCCACCAGGGGCAGAGGGUCGUUUCUUCCGUCCUAUUGAUACCGACAACCGCUUCGGAUCCAGUGUGGAGGUGUCGCGGUGUCUCUUCGAAGGAGCGAAGGCAUCUUCUGAUUCCUCUCUGGUGGUGGCCUACGGGGAAGUGUCCUUUGUGGAGAAUGUGAUGCAGAAUAACGAGGGGAUCAGGGGCAUUUGGAUCCGCAGCCUGGGCUGCCUGGUAGCAUCGAACCUCAUGGUGAACAACACGUUUCAAAGCGUGAUCGAUGCCGACAGCAAUGUGACGCUUCUCAACAACACGCUGGACAACCCCAACAGUGCCUUCGAGCUCGAGGCUCCUCUUGAGGGGAGUGCGAGCGGAAGGAGCAUCCUGGAUGCUCGCACGACGACUUUUGGCGCGGGCCCGAAAGUGAACGCUUUCUCGGUGAGCAUGAAUCGCUGGAGGGUGCUCCUAGCAGAUCGCUAUCGACAGGCCCUGCCCAGUUUCCAGCCCAACACGGUGAUGCUGGGGCUUUGUCUGGCAUCGUUUUCGAUAGAGCUCGACACAUCCAUCUAUGUUGAGCCCACUGAGACGCUGGAGCUUCCUGAGAACCUCACCCUUCGGAUUCAAUCAGAGCGUGGAAUACAGGUGGAUGGAUCCCUCAUCCUGCCCUCCGGCGGUUUGCCCAUCCACCUGGUCGCGGCGGAUCCAUCGCAGCCCUGGCAGCAGCUCCUCCUCUCGGGGGAGCGGAACUACUCCUUGAGUGGGCUGCGCAUCAGCGACGCGGGCAGCAACUCUCAAAACAGCAUUGAGUGCAUCGGGCAGUGCCGCCUAAGUGAAGUUCGCGAGAUCGAGGUGCGGAAAGCCAGGUUCACGUGCUUGCGUGUCGUCAAUCUCCAGGUACCGCUAACAGUCUCGGAUUCAUCUUUCCAGGACUGCUUCGCUGAGGGUCUGGUCCUCACGGGUGGUGAUGCAUCGUUACAGGUGAUAGACUCGAGCUUUGCAAACUCAGAAGGCUACACAACACGAUUCAACGAUGCGGUCCUAUUGAAUGGCUUCACAGGCGAUGUGCUACUUGCCAACAACUCCAUCGAAGGGUUCUAUGACGGCUUGAUCGUCGAGUUUCAUCAAGGUUCCGCGGAGAUGCGAGGAAAUGUCGUCACUCGCUUCCGCGGCUACGGGUUGUAUUUGCGACACACCUCCUUCGGUAUGACUUCUGCGUAUGUGAUCACAAACAACACAGUGCGGGGAGGGCAGGACACGGGACGCCAACAGCUUCGUGUGGACAGUUCUUCAAGCAGCCUGCAAAGCGUGACUAUCAGCGACAACCACUUUCUCGAGCGAGUUUCUGAAUCAACAUCUGCCGUGAGGCUGAAUCUCAGGGAUGGACUCGUGAGCUUCCGGGGCAAUCGCUUGCUUAACGAGCGGAGCCUGCUGGAGCUUUAUCUCGAGUGCCAGUGGAAUGAGGACUUGCCACACGAGAUUGUCAACAACACUUUCAAUCAUGUCUCGAAGAAUGAGGUCAUCUACAUUCUGAACUGCGAGAACACAACCCUGAGGGAGAAUGUGAUUCUCGCGAACACGUCCAGGGACAGCCCGGUGCUGAGGAUCAGCGGUGCGACUUCAGGCAUCAUCAAUGCCAGUGUGAACUAUUGGGGAGAGUUCAUCACCGCCCAGGAGGAUGGUACUGGGCUUGCCAUCGAGUCAGUCAUCGACGAUCCGAACGAGCUCGCAAUCUAUGAGCCAUGGCUCAGUGAACCUUACGAUGCCAACAGUCUGCAGUUUGUAUCUCGCCAAAGAUCACAGAUAGUAGUCGAAGACAGAAACGGGGUGCAGACGAUAGUUUAUGCGAUCGUGGAGUCCGGAAAUGAGACGUUGCCCGCCGGUGACUACCUCGUGGCUACCCCCAUCAUCGUUCGCAACGGAGGCAGGCUGGUGCUUGAUGCCGGUGUCAACCUCACCUUUGCCGCAGACAUGUCCGUUCUCGUGGGGGCCGGUUCGGCGUUGCUCUCUCUGGGCAGUGAGGAGAUACGCGUCAUCCUGGAUGGACACGAGACAUUCGAGUUCGAAGCCGGUGCGCUUGUUGCUGACGUGGAGUUCACGAACGACACGUUGCGGCUGGCGGGCAGAGAGGAGUACAACGGAUCCGUGCUAUUGUAUACCGACAUUCUCAACGGGAAGCGAGACGGACUUCUGGCACACUCGGCUGUGCCUGUGAUCGGCGGCAGGUUCUCCGACAAUGCUUUUCGUGGGAUUUACUUCGACUCCGUCUCCGCGCCGAUUCUCGUGCAGGGCACAAGCGUAUCUGGGAGCUGGUCGUAUGACGCGAUAGAAGUCAGGAACGCCGGAUCCCAUGUGCACCUCGUCAACAACUCCCUCACCGGACAAGGGCGGCGCUAUUUGGUCAACGUGCGGCCGCUUUCGAACGAGCCUGCGAUCUCCUGGAAGGUGGAGAGCAAUUCCUUCAAAGAUGGUGGCUUGUACGUGUAUGGCUUCAAUGCGCGUGGGCCAGGGCAGAUCUUCAGCAUCGCUGGCAACAUCUUCUUCGGCAGCAGGUACACCGAUUUGGGGAUCUUCCUAGAUGACCUUGUACAGGAUGCUACAAGCCUUUCAGAGCCAGGGUGGCGCAUCGUAGGCAACCAGUUUUUUGACUCACGCAGUCGGGGCAUCUUCGUAGACGUCUCCUCAUUGGUUGGUGCGAACACGCUGCUGCAGGGCAACGAGUUCAGGCGAGUGGUCUCCUCGGGUUGGCGAGCUUCACUCGUACGAUUGUCCGCAGACCGACAGGACAAGGUGGAGUGGAACUUGAAAGCAAAUACCUUCGUCAACAGCACGGCUGAUUAUGCGGUGAACCUUGAGCGGCUCGCAGACGACGGGUUCCGUCUCGACAGCAACGUUUUCGCGUCCCCAGACAUCCGCUACGAUGUCGGCCUGCCUCUCUCAGAUUCCAGUUGUGAGGGUUUCCAAGAGGUGGUGAAGAUUGACUUGACUGGGACCGGGUUGCAGAGGCAGCGUGUGCAAGAUUUCUCCUUCGACUGUGCCAGAGCCUUGGCGAUCUUGGACAACCAGCAGUUCGACGGGCUGGUCCAAGAAGUGAAUGAGACGAGGGGGCGGCUGUCCGGCAUCCUCGACUCCUUCCAGCUACUCCCUCCGGGCAUAGUGUGGGACACGUACAACCUUCUCAUCAGUCCGAAUGCCACGCUCGUGAUUCCUCCGGGCAGCGUCCUCCUCGUGCAUGCCGGCAGCAACUCUCAAAUCCGCGUUGAGGGCACCUUGCAGUGCCGCGGUCUCGAGGAUUCGCGGAUUCAGAUACUCUGCCGGGGAUGCGAAGACCCUGCGGCGGCCAUCCGCUCAUUGGAUCGAUUCAGGUCCCUGCUCUUCACCAGCUCCGCGGUUUCUGGGCGCUUCGACCGGAACACGUUGGAGUUCGAUUCUCAGCUCGGUGGAAGCGUCCUGGAGUACGUCGACAUCGCGGGUGCAAGCCAGGCGGUAGAGAUGAAUGGCCGAAGCCCAGUGCUCCGCUACGUCCACAUCAGAGACGGUCUCGAUGGAUUCGACUUCAACCGGGUGCAAGACCCCGUCCUGAUGCAGGGCUGUGAACUCAACGGCACUUCAAGGUCGUCGAAUACAGGAAUCAGGUUGGAUGCCGACUCCAACGUGGCCUCUGGCUGGUCGGCGCUCCUGGUGAAUUCCAAGAUCCAAGACUUCCGAACCGGCCUGAGCUUGUUCUCCUCGGACCCGAGGCUCGAGAACAACCAAUCCAGCAUGGUGAUUGACUCCACCACGUUCUUGCGGGGUCGAACGGCUGUGCGAUUGAGCUACGCUCAACGAGGCAUGAGUCUGACAGUGAAGGACAGCAACUUCUCCGACUAUGUCGACGAUGGAGUCUACCUCUACAGCAGGUAUCUUUAUUACAGGGUCCCCGGCGACGAGACCGUCACUCGCAUCCAAGGAAGCAAGUUCAUCGACGCAGGUCUCUACUUCGUGCAGGCCAACAGCUUCAACAUACAGAGUCAACAUCGAGUGGAGAUCCUUGAUAGCCACUUUGAGGCGGGAGAGGAUCGAACGGCCCUGGACAUUGUGGGCUCGCCCCACGGCGUGCCCAGCAUGGGGCCAGAGAGCAUGUACGUGUCUCGGAACACUUUCCGGACCAACCGGCCCACGUCCAAGGAUGAGGAUGUGAUACGCAUGCGUUCGGGAUCCUUCUCGGGCCGACGGCGUAAUUCCUUUGGCUAUACCUAUGGGCACGUGACGUUCGAGAACAACAAGAUCGAGGGCUGCGAGGCCUCCCGAGCGCUGGAUGUGAUCUGCAAUCCUGUGGGAACUGGAGUAGGGACCAGACUCGGCGCUACACUCAGGGGCAAUGACUUCGCUCAAAACGAAGCGCUUGAGCCUGUGAACGGCGCUGUGGUGCGAUUCUCGCAGUGCUCCUCGAGCUCCGAGUUCACCAACAACUUGAUGGUGAAUCCGGCCUCAAGGCAUGAGCUGGAGGUGGAGGACACAGUCAUCUUCAACGCCACUGACAACUGGUGGGGCACCGCCGAUCUUGAGGAGGCCUCGCAGCGCGUCGUGCCCCCGGAGAAUGUGAACAUCAUCCCCAUCCUCCAGCAGGGCAGCUUCAGCUGUGAGACGGUCGCGAACUGCUCGGGCAAUGGCAUCUGCUCGCAGCCGGAGACCUGUUCCUGCGACUCAGGGUGGGCCGGGGACUCCUGCCAGGAGGUGGACUGUGCAGAGGUCCUGCAAUGCAGCGGCCGGGGUGUAUGCGUCCAGCCCAAUGUUUGCAACUGCUCCGAUGGAUGGCUGCCGCCUUUCUGUGCAACUGCAACCUGUGACGCAGUGUCGAAUUGCGGUGGAUUGCAGCGAGGAGUGUGUGUUCGGCCUGACACUUGCACCUGCCGUCUGGGCUACACUGGGGACGAUUGUCUGUCCUGUGCGUCGGGCUUCUAUGGUGGAGGUGGGAUUGUCAGCACUUGCUUGCCUUGCCCGCUUUGCAGAAACGGAGGCACGUGUGAUCCGAUUGAGGGUGGCUGCCAGUGCCCGGCGCGCUUUUCUGGCGACUUGUGCGAGAGCUGCUCAGAAGGAUUCUUCGGGCAGUCCUGUGAAGCGCUGCCCGGAGUCAGGGACUUGGCGCCCACGGUCGGCACGGACCUUGGAGGCCUUUUGCUGACAGUGCGCGGCUACAACUUCCCCAACUCUGCAGAGGCAAGGCUCGAGUGUCGCUUCGGGAACCCGUCUGGCUACUCGGUCACUGUGAACGCAACAUGGCGGAGCAACUCCAGCCUUACCUGUACAGUGCCUCGCUGGGAGUCUCCAGAAGGUCCCUCUGAAACCCCUCUGGUUGUGAUGAUUGAGGGCGAGCCGAUCGAGUUUGGGCCGGCGUUGACGUUCGAGUACACCACCAGCUGCGCAGCAGAUGCCUGUGGUAACAACCUCGGACGGGGUUUUUGCAUCACCGGCAUAUGCAGCUGCGUGCUGCCGUGGUCGGGCCCAAACUGCUCGGAAGAGCUUUUGCCGCCGACCAUUGACCUCGUGCCUUCGCCCAUCACCAUCCAGGAGGGGGCGUCCUUCUCGAGGGUGCUUACUGCUCAGGGCACAAGCCCAAUCUCCUGGGUGCUGGUGAGCGGCCCCUUGGGAUUGGUGGUGGACGUUAGCUCCGGGGAGCUCACGUGGCCUUCUGCUGUGGUGCCACCCGCUCCCGCGGAUGCCUGGCAAGUUGAGGUCUCUGCCGCCAACGACGUGGGUGAGGAUUCCAUCAUCCUGCAGUUAGAGGUGCCCCCGAGCUACUCUGCCGAAGUGUCCAUCGACCGUGCCGGAUCUCCAGCUCUGGACUCUGAAGGUACCAUGCUGCAGGGAGGCUUCCCUGUGCUUUUGAGAGGCCGAGUGCUAUACAAUGCCUCCACUGUGGAGCUGGUUCUCUUCAAGGUGCUCGUGUGGGUUGAUGUGACAAGUCUGGCUGGGGAGCGUGUGCGGCGAACGUUGACAGCUUUCGCCUCCGUCCAGUCAGCCGGAGUGUUUCAAGUCUACUUCACCCCGAAACUUUUCGAGGGAGGUAUCUACACCAUCGGCGCGAUGCACCCCACACUCACCGAGAAUGAUCCGGAAGGCAGCACUGCCCAGACCAACUUCUCCGUGGCGGUCCUAACUUCGUCUAGGCAAGCCGUCUUCGGCUCCGGUGGCCCAAGAGAGCCAGUGAGAGUCGACUUCUUCCUGCCUGAGCUGCUCCUGUUGAGCAGGCCUCUCACAACCUCCGUAGACGCGGCCUUCGCGCUCGACAACCGUGGUGAGACACAUGUGUCCGGCAUCCGAAUCGAGAUUGUAUCUUGGCGGGAGGGCUCUGCGCGUGGCGUGGGCUUGCCAGAGCAGCUUGAAGCUUUCGAGGCGCUGACAACGACGGAUCUACCAGGGCGCGCCUCUGCGCCAGUGAAUGUGAGCUAUCGCGCCAAUGCCAGCUUCUUCGGCGUCCUCACCUUGCACGUCAGCAGCAAUGAAGGCUUGGCAUGGGACGUGUUCAUCUUCUUCGAGGUCAGAGAUCCCAGGGCCGCUCUCCAGGCCCUGCCAGCAUCGGUGGUGGUUCAAGCACCGCGGGGGUCGUUGACCACGGUGGCCCCCAUCGAGAUCCGCAAUGUGGGCUCGGCCGCUGCCACGAACUUGACGGUAGAGCUUCCUCCAGACCCACUCCUCGUCCUCGUUGGUGCCGUCGAUCCUUAUAUCCCUGUUGGGUCGUCGUCCCAACUGCAGUUGGGUUGGGCCCCUGGUCGGACACAAGAGCUGGAGACUUUCCAGGGGACAUUGGUCGUGAGAUCUUCGACCGACAACAGCGUGUGGGUCCGUAUUGCCUAUACGGUGGCUGUGGUCUCCACUGGUGUCACCAACGUCAGCGUCUAUGUUCAAGAUGAGUAUUCGUUCCACGAUGCCGAGAACGGGUUUCCGAACGUCACGGGGGCUCUUUGCGACCUGAUUCAACCUCGCUUGCAGCAGACACUUCGAAGGACCACCGAUGCGAGCGGACUCGCCUACUUCGAGGAUGUCCCAAACGAUCGCUGGUCGUUGCGUUGCCAGGCUUCGGAGCAUAGCCCUUCCUCAGAAGUGCUUAUUGUCUCGGGCGGCGAGCUGAUUCACACGGUUCUGUUACCACGAGAUGCUGUCACCUAUGUGUGGACUGUCCGUCCUACUGACGUGGAGGAUGUUUACGAGUUCACCACAACAACCACUUUCGAGACCAACGUCCCAAUGCCGGUCAUCACCGUGGAGCCGAACGUCUUCAACAUUGACUUGAUCCUGGUAGGCGGACUCCCACGGGUGGACCUCACGAUCACGAACCACGGGCUUAUUGCGACCGACUCCUUCAAGAUCCGAUGGCCCGAGAUCGGAGGUGUUGAGUUCGCCUACCCCUCGGGUCCACCGCCCGACAGAAUCAGACCCAACACCUCGAUCAUCGUGCCGGUGGACAUCAUCCUUGCCUCCCGGAAUGAAAGCGAGCAGGGGCUCGAGCUGCUGCAGAAGAGGAGUGGCUGCAGCUUGGGCGACUAUGUGGCUGGCGUGCUCUGUGGAGAGGUGGAGGUGUCGAAAAGCGGUGGAUUGACCUUUAGCACUAGCGGACCCUGUGGCUUUAGCCUUACUAUCGGCCCGGGUGGUGGCUUUGGAGGUGGAGGCGGUGGAGGCGGCGGUGGAGGCGGUGGCGGCGCUGGCGGGGGGGGCAGCAUCGCAACGGUCCCGUUCGUCUUCGCGGGAGGAGACUGCGACCCGUGCACGAAGGAGAUCGUGGAUUGUGUAGUGGCCGGUGUCAAGAUCAUCCCGAUCCGGAAGAAAGUCCAGGUGAUCACGUCUUGCCCAAAGAACAUCCGAGAUGCCAUCAAGAAAAAGGGCAUUGCUGGUAUCGGGUCAGCCCUGCAGAAAUGCGUUAAGACCAUAUGGGAAACAGUUAACCAAGUCGUAGACGUCGUCAAGUGCAUCAAAAGAGUCGUGGAUUGCAAAGCAAAGUCUCUCUUGCAACUGGGUGCGGUGGAUCCCAGAUCUCUUGCCCAGAGUGCAGACCUUGCGGAGUUUACUUCAAUCGUGACUCGUGCCACCCAUCGCUUGCGUGGCCACCUCGCGCAGAAAGAUCUCUCUGCUGCCGAACGCCGUCUGGUUUUGGGGUCGGUGACGGCCGCCCAGGAGGCGGUGGAGUUCUGGGCGGAGGGCCUGGCAGCUUUUGGAGCCGUGGUCCUCGAGCUCGGCCCCGGUGAUUUUCUCGCCUCCGAGGGCUUCGAUGAGGAGUGGUUCCUGCGGGUCCUGCAAUAUCAGAGCGACGGCUCCGAGGACGGAGCCUUACUGAGCUCUGCAGAGGCUGCAGACCUUCUCGCCAGCGCUUCGUCGGGGAACCUCACCGGCAACCGCAGUGCGCUGGAGUUUCUGGUGCAGCGGGUGAACAAUACCGCCUACGCCAACAGCUUGGGCUUCUUGUCUCGCGCGGAAGCUGUGGCUCAAGGUCUGUCGGAGAACAUGAUGGACUACUUCUUCGCCUUCGACAACUUAUCUCUGUUUGACGAGCGGCAAAACAUUGCGGCGCUUCAGGGAUUCUCAUCGAUUGUCGAUGCUGCAGACGUGUCGUUCAGGGAGCUGCGAGCAGAAACGCAGAAGCAGUCGGAGGGCAUUUGUGCGAAAGUCACCAUUCGCAUUGUCCAAGAGCUGGUGCUGACGCGACAAGCCUUCGAAGGAGUGCUGGAAGUGGGCAACAAUGCUGGUUCCCCAAUGGAGGAGAUUGUCCUCAGCGUGUUCAUCGAGGAUGAUCAGUUCAAUGGGGUGGAGGAGAAGUUCGCGAUUGGCGAACCAAGCGCCGGGGGAGACAUGGUUCUGCAGAGCCCAGCCACCGCUACCAACGGGAGCGGCGUGCAAACCAUGGCUAUGCUUGCUGCUCGUAGUCAAGGCUCCCUGAGCAUUCUCAUCAUCCCGCGUCGUGAGGCUGCGCCUACCAGAGAUCCGCAGAAUUACAGAGUUGGCGGCACCUUGUUUUACACACAGGACGGUGUUCGCUUCUCCACGCCCCUCUGGCCGGACACUAUCCAGGUACUUCCUGAUCCAGUGCUCUAUGUGCGGUACUUUCGCCAGCGGUUCGUAGAGGCCGACGACCCGUUCACCCCUGAAGUUGAGCCCUCGGUUCCCUUUUUGCUGGCCACCUGCAUCGCCAACACGGGCUUCGGCACGGCAAGGUCGAUGCGCCUUUCCUCCGCCCAGCCGGAGAUCGUGGACAACGCGAGGGAUCUGCUGAUAACCUUCGAGAUUGUGGAAACUCGGGUCAACGGCGUGCUAUCCGAGCGCACGCUGACGGCAGAGAUCGGGGAUCUUCUCCCGAACAACACCACGGUCAUCGAGUGGCUCCUCACUGCGAGCCUGAAGGGGGAGUUCACUUCACUCACAACCACCUUCGAGAACCGUAACCCUCUGGGCGACCCUGAGCUAUCGCUGGUGGAAGCAGUUUCUGGCCACGACUUGAUCCGCACCGUGCGUCUUCGCGGUCCGAGUGGCAAAACGAUCGAGGGCUUCUUUGUCAACGAGGUGCCGGACAGCAGGUCCUUGCCGGACACGAUAUUCAGCAGCGAGGAUUGUGGCCCAGACGAUGGGGCUCUGGUGAGAUACAUCCUCGACAAGGACGUCUCUGUGACUCUCCUCUCCGGUCUGGUUGUGAAUGUCACCAUCCAGACAAGCGUUGGGCAAGCGGCCAUUCUCGAACAGGUCCAAGACGGAAGGAUCGUUGGAGAACAUUCGCGCAACGAAUCGGAUGUGGGGUACGUAUACCUGCGCUUCGUUCGCCCGGCCGGACUUGUGUAUGGGAGCUCUUUCCUGGUGGCAUGCUGCGAUAAUGAGGCCGUGGAGUUGCAGAAUGCUUGGGAGACGUCUGAUGACGAGAAUGUUUCCAUCAACAUCUUUGAUGAGGAGGGUCGUUGCGGGGAGUACUUUCUCUACUUCGGUCAGCCGGAAGAUGUCGACCCGCAGGUGUGCACGUUAAGGCAGAGCGGCACCAGCACAACAAAUUCCGUCACAGCUGCUGGUGCUUCGUCCACUGAACCUUCAAUUGAAACAAGCGUCACAAGCACGGGUGUCCCAACCAGCACUGAGAGCACCACCAGCGCUGAAAGCACCAGCACAACCUCCUUGCCAAGUGCUGGUGCCUCGUCCACCACCGCAAGUGGCACGAGCACCACCAGCAUUGAAAGCAGCACACCUGCCAGCUCCAGCACAAGUGCUGUUGCCCCGUCCACCACCGCAAGUAGCACGAGCACCACCAGCGCUGAAAGCACCAGCACAACCUCCUUGCCAAGUGCUGUUGCCCCGUCCACCACCGCAAGUAGCACGAGCACCACCAGCGCUGAAAGCACCAGCACAACCUCCUUGCCAAGUGCUGGUGCCUCGUCCACCACCGCAAGUGGCACGAGCACCACCAGCGCUGAAAGCACCAGCACAACCUCCUUGCCAGGUGCUGGUGCCUCGUCCACCACCGCAAGUGGGACGAGCACCACCAGCACUGAAAGCAACGCGCCCGACGGCCCCGGCACAUUGACACCUACGAGCUCUAGCAUACCGUCGUCGUCGACCACAUCCCUGACGACUGCCGCUGGCUCGCCCACCGAAACUUCGACAACCGGCGGGAGCAUCGGAGUAUCGACCAGUGCCGCUUCUCCACGUCGGUACUACGAGUACUACAGGCGCUCGCCGCGCUCAUGGAAGUGCGUCUGGGGAGAGAAGUGGCGCUGCAGGGGUCUCUUCUGCUGCAACCAGAAAUGGCGCUGCCUGCCGCGCAUGCUUUGCAGGCGGAGAAGCCUUUGCUAA